AUGCCCCCGACAUCACAACAGCGCUAUGUUAGCGGUGCAAGUAGCUUAUCCCAACACUAUCAGCCAUAUGCUUCCCAUCAGCCAGGACAUACAAUUGGCCUUACACCACCAUCAUUGGGAAGCAUGAAUGUAAACUCAAUGAAUAACGCAUUCUCUGUGAACGGAAACGCUCUGAGCUUAUCUGCUGGAUUUGGAGGUUCCGCAUUAGGUAUACCUGGGGGAACAGGCUUAGGGAGUCAAGCAGCACAAAUGAGUUUCAACAGUCUAGGUAUGCAUCAACAACACAAUGGAACUGGCGAGUUGGGGCCAAGAACAAAUGGAGGUAAAAAUAGAAUCCGAGAUGUAUGGGCUGGAAAUUUGUACGAAGAGAUGGAACUUUUACGUCGAGUGGCUGUUGGCUGUCCAUAUGUCGCUAUGAAUGCCGAAUUCCCAGGUGUUGUUGCACGUCCGAUGGGUACUUUCAAUGGUCGAAGUGACUACCAUUAUCAAUGUAUGAGAUGCAAUGUCGACCUAAUAAGUAUGUACCAACUUGGCAUUUCGCUUUUCACCGAAGAUGGUGAAUCACCACCUGCAACAAUCCAACCUUUGGAUUUAGGAUAUGAUUCGUCAGAGGCGCGAAAAUUUGGGACCAUGAUUAGUAUACCGACAACGUGGCAAUUUCAUUUCCGGUUUUCAUUAAAGGUAGACAUGUACUCGGAAAUUUCAAUUGAAUCUUCGCGGCAAGCAGGAAUAGAUGUACCGCGAAUGGAAAAUGAAGGUAUCGAUCCAUUAAUAUUUGGUUCUCUUCUCAUGACAUCCGGACUAGUGUGCGAUGAGGAUGUGCAUUGGCUCGCUUGUCAUGGAGCGUAUGACCUUGGACAUCUUACAAAGAUUCUAUCUGUUCUACCAUUACCUGACGAUGAGACUGGGUUUGAUACAAUAAUGAAGAAAUUUUUUCCUAGUAUAUUUGAUAUAAAAUAUCUGGUAAAAGAAGCUGUCAGGCGUCAUCAACUCGGACAACUUACUCCACUGGAUUCUGCCAGCAAUGAACUUAUGUCUAAACUAGAAUCAAAGCCAGGGCUUGAUCACCUAGCAGAAUGUCUGAAGAUAAAACGAGUUGGACCGCAACAUCAGGCUGGCUCCAACUCCUUACUCACUGGUCGACUUUUCUUCAAAAUUCGCGAAAGUUUCUAUGGUGGGGAGGUGAGUGAAGAUGUAGGCGGUAAGAUGUACGGUAUCGGAAAUCCUGAAAAUAAGACACAAAUUUCCGGUAAUCAACCUAAUCCUCAACAGAUCAAUCAGGAUAACUUACCCUCUGGUACAAAUAACUUGCCCAACGGAACCCCUAGUACCCCUAAUUCAGGAAGUGCUGGUCUAGCCCAGACACCUGGUCACAAUAUCCAUGGUGGUAAUACAGGUCCCCUAACGCCGGGAGGCGCAGGUGGCGUUUUUGGUGCAUUCCAAUAUAACGGUAAAUAA